UGGAAGCGGGUGGGCGGGCCGUCAGAGCAGGGGUGUCGCCGGGACCCGAACUCCCAGGUCCACUGAGGGCCCGUCUCGUGCGAAGCGGCCACGUCCGAGCCCCGGGGGCGGACCCGUACUGGGGAUGUGGCCGUGUGACCUCGGCCAGGAUACCCCCUCCCCAUGUUUUGUCCUGUUGAUGAACGCCGUCCGCUCCCUGUGAGCACCCUCGCGGCAGGAAGCCCAGAGCUGCGCCCGCCCUUUCGAAAGCCGUGGAAGGGGUUGGGGUGGGUGCAUCUUAGCUGACCCCAUCCUGAUUUGAGGUCUGUCGGCUCUGCCCUUCCGCGUGGAUGGGCACCCCCGCCUCUGUGGUCAGCGAGCCGCCCCCCUGGCAGGCCCCGACAGAGGCCCGGGGCCGCAAGCAGGCCUCGGCCAACAUUUUCCAGGACGCUGAGCUGCUGCAGAUCCAGGGCCUGUUUCAGCGCAGUGGGGACCAGCUGGCCGAGGAACGAGCGCAGAUCGUCUGGGAGUGUGCAGGGGACCACCGUGUGGCAGAGGCCUUGAAGAGGUUGCGCAGGAAGAGGCCCCCUCGGCAGAAGGCCCUGGGCCCCUCACUACACCACUGCAGCCGGCUCAGGAUCGCAGAGCCCCGCACUCCCACAGCCGACCCACAGAGCAGUGCCACGGAGAUGACUUCCAAUGAGCAGUAUCUGAACUCUAGGAGGACCAGUGCCAGGAUCCGCCGGAACUGGAGGAAGCCAGGUCCCACAAGCUACCUCCAUCAGAUCAGACACUGAUCCAGGGAAGGGGCUUGGAAUGGCUGUAUCUUCCCCAGGAUUCACAGGGACUUUUGCCAAAGGGUGGGGGGAGGCGAAGAAGAGAGCUGAGGCAGACAGCCCCACUGGUGCCACUAGCCUGCUUGAGUCAGAACAGGCCCAGAGGCUCCCACUGAGCUGUUAUAUGGGACCCAGUCCUCACCAGGUUGAGGAGAAGCUGGGACUGUUCCUGCCUCAGCCCUUUCCAGUUUAACACGAUACCUGGCUGCAUGCUAUUCCCCUGGGAGUCCAGUGACAGGCUCUCAGACUCAGCAUCUCGCCAUUCCUGCUACUAACCCUCCUGCCACGACUGUAAUCUGUGGUCCAGCAGCUUGUCCCACAGCCUUGCCCCUUCAGGCCAGCACAAGGAAAACGUAGUUUAAGCAGCAAAAUAAAACCAUUUGCAUCAAGGGCUAUGUGAGUCUGUCACAGAAGGGGAAGAUCCCAGAAUGGACACUCUGGAGCACUGGGCUCACUGCAGGGAGGGGUUGUUCCCAGGAAGGAGAAAACAGGGCUGGCCUUUUCCAGAGGCUGUCAGAUUGGGAGGCGAGAUGGAAGUCUCUCUGCAGGCAGUCCUGGUCCAAGGAGAGGAGAGAGGGUUCUUGGCCCUACCCAGCUCUGAAGGGGGAGGCUGUAUAGUCAGCCCUGCAUCGUGGGCAGUGGGACCCUAGGCCAGAUGAGCCUGCAGUCAGUGUAGUGGCACCAGCCCCUCAGCGGGUUUCUUCAUCCCUGUGGACCAACCAUCCUGAGGCAAUCAAGUCUUUUCAUUACUGAGGUUUCCUGUAGCGUGAAAACCCUUGAG